UUUCAGCAGUGAAGCAUCCUGCAAAAAACGAGAGGAUUAUUUGGAAUGGCCUGAAUAUUUUAUGGCAGUAGCUUUUUUGUCAGCACAAAGAAGCAAGGAUCCAAGCUCUCAGGUUGGUGCCUGCAUUGUAAAUUCAGAAAAUAAGAUUGUUGGAAUUGGCUACAAUGGGAUGCCUAAUGGUUGCAGCGAUGAUGUACUACCCUGGACAAGAACAGCAGCACAUAGACUGGACACAAAAUAUCCUUAUGUGUGCCAUGCCGAAUUGAAUGCCAUCAUGAACAAAAACUCAGCUGAUGUGAAAGGCUGCAGCAUGUAUGUUGCCUUAUUUCCUUGUAAUGAAUGUGCAAAGCUCAUCAUCCAGGCAGGCAUAAAGGAGGUUAUUUUUAUGUCUGACAAGUAUCAUGACACCACAGAGAUGACAGCUGCACGGCGGAUGUUUGACUUGGCAGGUGUUAUAUACAG